GUCAGUACGCAAUGUGCAAGGACGUCGACGGUGAGCUCGCAGUCAUGUACAGAGCCCGUAGAUAAGAGACUCGAAGCAGCCAAUCGUCCGCGGAGCGGCGGCCUCGACGGGGACUUUGACGUGUUUCUUUCGUCACUUGUUUUGGGUUGUUUUUUUUAAGCUUGAGAGACCGGACGUGAACAGCCAAACCACCGCCCUGUCAACGCGCCGCCGCAAUGGACGCAGCUCCGGGUUAAAGUGAAUCAUGUCUCCUCCUGCUUCCCCGUCACUCCUGCUGCUGCUGCCGCUGCUGCUGCCCACAGCAGCCGGCGGGGUCGGGCUAUCAGCCGGGCAGCCCGCAAACUACGCGUCGGCCGAGAUGUCUCAAAACGGCAAAUACGACGAGUGUGACCUUGUGAUGACCCUCAGUGCUGCGGACCGCUGUGCUUUUGUAAAGAACACAUCAGACUGUACCAUGGAAGAUGGCUUCAUCAACUACCUCAGUCUGGCCUUCUGUCUGCUGCCUCCCAACCUCACACCUCUCACCAUCACUCUCUGUGUUAUAUGGCUGUUCUUUCUAUUUGUCAUUCUUGGACUAUCAGCAUCUAAAUUUUUCUGUCCCAACCUGUCGGCCAUCUCCACGAGUCUGCACCUCACUCACAAUGUGGCUGGCGUUACAUUUCUGGCUCUUGGUAAUGGAGCUCCCGACAUCUUCAGUGCCAUUUCAGCUUUCUCCCACCCACACACCGCUGGACUCGCUGUCGGAGCCUUAUUUGGAGCUGGUAUAUUUGUCACCACAGUAGUUGCAGGCAGCGUGGCGCUGGUCAAGCCCUUCGCCGUUGCCACCCGUCCAUUUCUGCGUGAUGUCAUCUUCUACAUGGCUGCAGUGUUUUGGACUUUCCUCAUGCUUUACAGAGGAACCACGACACUGGGAGAAACACUAGGUUACCUGGGCCUCUAUGUGGUGUAUGUCUUGAUUGUUAUCAUCAGUGCGUACAUCUACAGCCGGCAAAAACAUUUAAUGAACGCCAGUGUCCAAAAUGAUGCACCUAUUACAGAGUUUAACUCGUCCGACUCGUCUGAUGAUGACAUUCCCAUCUUGACUCAUGCGAGGAUCCAGCAGGAGUAUGAGUCAGAGACAGAGUACAGACCACUUCUGCCAUACUCUGAGUCCACAAGUCAGAUCCUGCUGAGCUCCCUGAACCCAGUGGACAACAGGAAAUGGAGGAGUAAAUCGGGGUGCUGGAGAGUGCUCAAAGUUCUGAAGACACCUUUGGAGGUCCUGCUGCUGCUCUGCAUCCCUGUAGUUGACCCUGAUAAAGAGGACAAGAACUGGAGACGCCCACUGAACUGCCUCCAUCUGAUCACUGCCCCACUGGCGUGUGUGCUCACCCUCCAGUCAGGAACAUAUGGAGUUUACAUGAUCCAAGGGCAGUUUCCCGUCUGGCUGUUAACCCUUCUGUUGGGACUUUUUCUGUCGGCCAUUGUGUUCUGCACCACCACCAAUGACCGCCCUCCCAAAUAUCACACUCUCUUUGCUCUUCUCGGCUUCCUGGUGAGCGCAGUGUUGAUCAGCGCUGCAGCCUCUGAAGUGGUCAGUCUACUGCAUAUGCUCGGUGUGGUGCUGAGUCUCAGCAACACUGUGCUGGGGCUGACUCUGUUGGCCUGGGGCAACAGCAUAGGAGACUGUUUUUCCGACAUCACCAUCGCCCGGCAGGGAUACCCUCGGAUGGCCAUAUCUGCCUGCUUUGGAGGCAUCAUUUUCAACAUGCUGUUUGGAGUGGGUCUGGGCUGUCUGGUGCAGAUGGUCACAACACACUCUUGGGGUGUGCAGUUCGAAUCAGAGGGUUUGUUGACAUGGAUUCUCGCAGGAUCUCUGGGUUUGUCUCUGGUCCUGUCCUUCGUCAUUGUUCCAAUGAGCCGUUUCCACUUGGGUCAGACCUACGGAAUCUUUCUCCUCCUCUUCUAUUUCAUCUUCCUCCUCGUUGCAUUACUCACAGAGUUUGGCGUGAUUCGCAUUGUAUAGACCUAUCACGGAGAUGACUUCUCCUGCACUCAUGCCGAUGCACUAGUUAUAAAAGAAUCAAUGGUACACUUGCCUCUGACCCAGAACUAUGCUGUGUUGAGCUUGUGGGACGAAGCAGGCGAUUUAAUGACAAACUAGUUUUUAAGGCUCAGAGAGAGCUGAAACUACUCACACUGUGCCUUUAUUCAGGGUCUUGUUUGCGCUGAAUGUGCUUUUGGGGAAACACAUAUUCUAGAAAUCUAUUUGUCAUUUAACUAAAUGUACAAAAUUGUAAAUGUUACAAUGUUAAAUUAAAUCAUUUUGGUUUGGUUUA